AUGGACUCCUCGUCGUGGAGUGCCCCGGACCACAGUCACAGUCACCAUCAGGCCCUGCAUACGGCAGCCGACGAUGACUUCCACCAGUUCUUGGAUAUAAACAGCAUUGGCGAUCUCUCUGGCGCCUUGAACUUUGACUUCCACGACUUUGCGACCGAUCACCAUCCGGGUCACCAUGCUGGCCACCAUGGCGCUGACCAUCUGCUCCAUUCUUCGGGGGGUGAACACUUGGAUACCCCCAUGACCGGUACUGACAUGUCCAUGAUCUUGUCGCCGGUAGACCACGCCAUGCUCCAACAUCAUGCGCAGCAACAGCAGCAUCAACACCAACAGCAGCAGCAGCAUCAGAUGCCCACCAUUACGACGACUGCCCCAUACCAGAAUACCCCGACGACCUUGAUACAGCCAUCUACACCCUCGGAGGCCGUCCUCAACUCCAUCGAUGCUCAGAUCCAGUUCCUCCAGCAGCAAAAGCUACAUGCUCAACACCAGCAGUUGCAAGAGCAACAGGCCGCCUUCUUUGCUUCUCAACAGAACCACAUAGUUCCUCCAACACCUCAGAGCUUGGAACUUACUGCUGGCUCUAGCCAGAAUUACUAUGCCCAGUCGACACCAUCUGACCAGCACAACUCCGGGCGACAGCAGCAGCAACCGCAGCAACAGCAACGGCAGCAGGCCAUCGACUACAGAUACACAAGGAUCAAAGACCAGCAUGAUAUGUCCUUCACCCCAUUGGUAUCACCGGCUGUCACGCCGCUGGAGACCCAUUUCCCUGUCGAUACGCCUUUUGCCGUUCCCGGAGCCUACUUCAGUCCCCUUACCUCGCCAGCCUUGCAUGCGCAAAAUGACUCUUUGGGGAUUAUCGACCAGAGGCUGGGCAUGAUGAGCGGGAACUCGCCCAGAGAGAUGGAACUCGAACCACCUGCGCUCUCCCAGGCGAGCGUUAGCCCAGGCGACUUGGCUAGGAAGAUGCGCAAGAACGCAGUGAAGGCCAGAGCGAAGAGCGGCGCCGGCAUCAAACAGUCUCCCAUCUCGAAACCCAUACGCAGAAAGACGGCUACCACCCCGAUGCUUAACCCCCAAGCUUUGAACCAACUGAUCGAGAAUGCAGCACCAAGUCAGGAACGCCAACAGCCUCCUAUGCCGUUAAUACAGACUUCAUCUUCGUCCACAGCUGGUGUAACUGAUUCUGAGAAUGGAUCAAUCUCCCCUGAGAACCUCAAUGAUGUUGUCUCGCCAGUUGAGAUGCCUCCGCCACCCCUUCCGAAGCCUCGCUCCGCCAAACCAUCUCCUUUUCUGGCACCUCAAGCGAGUAAUAGUGCUGUGCCUAUUACCCUCCAGCCGGGACGACCUGGAAUUGCCUCACCUGCAACACCGGCGUCACUGAUGAAACUGAGCUCGCCGAGCAAUCGUAACCCUUCUGCGGCAGGAACUGGGUCUCACGAUCCAAUGGAUGCCGACCAUAUCGAAACCUUUGAGCUCCCGGAUUCCAUCAACUUCUCGUCAGUACCAAAACCCGCCCCUAUAAUCACCACUCUUGGAACACCGGCUCUCAAUCCUCUCCAAAAUGCCGCGCCGCCUCUACAAACACCAGGCCCCCCACCACCACCCUCUCCUGCGGUGGCCAAGCCUCUAGCACUUCCUUCCGCCGCUCUUCCCAGCCCGAAGCUGAAGCCCGAUACCGCAAAUAGCUUGAAACGGACACCCCAGCUUUUGCCCAUGGGAAGACACAGCAAAAAGCGCGCGAGCGUGAGCUCGAUCCAGAUGUCCCCGGCCCUUCGGCCCAAGAUCUCGCCCAGCAUCAAGCCUCUACUACCAGGAGGAUCAUCAGGCGCCGAAGAUGCAGCAUCGCUUUUGCUCGCUACGAAAUCCAACUACCAGCGAAUUCUCGAGGGCAACACCGUUCCUGGCGUUUCCUAUCCCAGCGAGCUUUCCACCAACCUCACAUCGAAGCGGACGUCACACAAGAUUGCGGAGCAAGGCAGGAGAAAUAGGAUCAACUCGGCGUUGCAGGAAAUCGCUACACUACUUCCGAAAGCCCCCGCCACAGAGGGCAGAGAGGGGGAUAACGAUGGCAAUAGCAGUAGCGGUGGUGGCGGUGGCAGCGGGGGUGCUGACAAGGAAGAUAAAAAUCAGAAGGAUAAGGAUAAGGCUGGUGGGGGGAUACCGAACAGCAAGGCGAGCACGGUGGAGAUGGCGAUCGAGUACAUCAAGCAGCUGCAAAAGGAGGUUACUGAGGCGAACAAGAGGGCGGAAGAGGCAGAGAGGAAGUUGGGAGAGAUGAAACUGCACGGCGGUGCCGUGACGGGGUCCAGAUCACCCGCUGCUGGUGAUGGUAAUGGCUCAUGUGCUUCAAACACGGAGGCUUACCCGGUCAUCAACGGGGACCGGAAUGCUGAAGAUGGCGGUGACGCGAUGGAUGAAUAA